UUCUAAUUAUUAUUACUAUUAUUAUUAUUACUAUUAUUAUUAAUAUUUUUAUUUUUAUUACAAUUAUUAUUAUUAUUAUAUUACAAUUAUUAUUAUAUUAACGUCAUCGUCAUUAUUGCUAUCAUAAUUACUAGAUCUAAUAUCACUCUUCUUCUAUACUUCCUAUAUCGGUGUGUGCUCGUGAGGAAUUGUGUUUCGUGAUAUUUGACAAACGAACGAACGAUAAAACACUUUUCGUUACAAUCUAUCUUUUCACUUUAAUUUAAUUUGAACAUUUCGCGCCCUACGCCUCCAUCACUUCCCUUCUCCUCGUUGUUAUCAUCGUCUUCGUCAUCGUCGUCGUCGUCGUCGUCAUCGUCAUCGUCAUCGUCAUCGUCGUCGUCGUGAAUAAGUGUUAAUAUUUCGUUUGAGUGAGGAUAAGGAAAAGAUAGAGGAAAAAAAUAAACAAAAAGAGAGAGAGGAAAAAGAGAAUAAGAAAAAAUAAUAAAGAAAGAAAUAAAGAGAGAAAGAGAUAGACAAAUAGAUAUAAAACGUGUGUGUAGAAGAAGGAACGGGAUAAUAAUGUAUACCAGGAGAUAAGGACGUGUGUGUUUUUAAGGUCAAAUUUGUCCUUAGUAGUGGUGGUUUUUACAUAAACGAAGUAAAAUUUCGAAGGUCGUUGAUACGAAGAGUAUAAUAACGAAUAAAGAAAGUAAAUAGGAAGAGAAGUAGGAAAAAGAAGAAGAAGAAGAAGAAGAAGAAGAAGAAAAAGAAGAAGAAGAAAAUCGUAUUAUUCGUAUAAUUACUACUACUAUCACAACCAUCACCACCACCACCACCACCACCACCACCACCACCACUGCUAUUACCACCGUCGUCGCUAUUACCACCACCACCGCCACCUUUCACUUUCUCUAUCGUUCUUACGUCUAAUAAGUCGUGUGAGAGAGGGGGGGGCGAGAACGGAGAUAAGGAAACAAAAAUUAACGCACGCACGCACGCACGCACGCACGCACGAACGCACGCAGUCAGGCAGUCAGGCAGUCAGGCAAGCAGACAGGCAGGCAGGCGCGCAGGCACGAAAUAAGAAAUAAAAACAAAUACAAAAGGAAUAAUUUGGAAGUAGUAAGAAAGAACAAAACGAAAAGAGAAGAGAGUUAAAUAGUACAACUAGUACUACUACUACUACUACUACUACUACGACUACUACUACUACUGCUACUACUAUUAUUAUUACUAUUAUUACUUACUACUACUAUUACUACGUACUCUGAUCUUUUACUCUGGCAAGGCCGCUACGGAUUGGUCUGAAAGAAGGUGGUGAAGGAGGAGGAGGAGGAGGAAGAGGAGGUGGUGGCAAGCAAGCAAGCAAGCAGGCCGGAAGUGAACGCGCGACCGCGAGAGAGAGAAGGAAGAAAAAUAUACUGAAAAAUCGGAAAUGCCGAGAUGCCGAUUAAUCGAUCUCAUUUCUCCCGAUUGAUAAGGAAAAGUUGAAAUUAGAAGAUAAUUAGAAGAAAGAAGAUAAUAAGUUUGAAGAGGUGAAAGAUUAUAAUAGUGUCGUCGUCGUCGUCGUCGUCGUUGUCCCUAACUUAGGGAUAAGUUCACAUAAAAUAAUCAACAAUGAUUGAAAAUGAUGAUUAACGUGUUCUAUUGUUAGUGCGCGUUCGUUCGUUCGUUCGUUCGUCCGUCCGUCCGUCCGUCCGUUCGUUCGUUCGUUCGUUCGUCCGUUCGUUCGUUCGUUCGUUCGGUCGUUCGUUCGUUCGUUCGUUCGUUCGUUCGUUCGUUCGUUCGUUCGUUCGUUCGUCCGUUAGUGCGGUUUUCAGCGGAAACUUUCCGCAUUUGGUUUUGUUUCUUCACUAUUUGUUUUCUUCUCUCUUAAUUUAUUUAUUUGUUCAUCUGUCUGGAUAUACGAGGAAUAAGAAAAAGACAAGAGAGAGAAAGAGAGAGAUAGAGAGAGAGAGAGAAAGAGAGAAAGAGAGAAAGAGAGAAAGAAAAAAGAAAAAGGAAAAAUAAAGAAGGUGGAUAAGGACGAAAACGAGAUGCUCGAGGAUCAGCCAUUGGACCUCAGUGUCCGAGUUGGAGAUUAUGCUGAAUUAGGAAGAGACGAGAACGAGCAACAGGAUCAUCAUAAUCAUCAUCAUAAUCAUCAUCAUCAUCAUCAUCAUCAUCAUCACCAUCAGGAUCGUAAGGAUCGUAAAGAUCAUCUUCAACAACAACAACAACAACAACAGCAGCAACAACAACAACAGCAACAAUAUCAGCAACAACAACAACAACAACAGCAACAGCAAGAACAGCAACAAAUCGACGAUUACGGAAAUGCAGCGGCUAGUUUAAGGCUAAGAGGAUGUUUCGUUGGUACCAGUUCGGAUUAUUCUCAAGACAGAGAGGAUCGUACCUGUUCCGAGGAUUCCGACGAUUCCUGUUCGGACAACAAUCAGAAGGAUGGUACCGCGAGGUCGAGGUCCAGACCGCCUGGUACCAAACCCUACAAAAAGAACCUCAUGCGGAGAUACCUGGAUACCAGGGAGGUACAACCGCACGAAACGACGACAAGCGAAAAGGAACAAUUAGGUUUGGCGAGUGUAAAAGCAGAACCAGGUUCGACGAGUGCGACUACAACGAGCACGACUACCGGUGCUCGUCUUCUCCAUGGAAUCCUUUCGCAGCAUCCCCAACAGCAUACGCUAGGGGUGCAAAACGGUUAUGGCCGACAUAUGCCAACGCCAGCCGGCCAUUCUCAAAUGGCUCAACAACAACCGCCCUACACCACUGCCGCCAUUGCUACGACGAGUACGCCAGGAAGCGGAUCACUGCCAGCCAGUCCUGCGGACAGCGGAGUCAGCGACGUCGAAUCCAGUACGUCCUCAGGCGGUAACGAGGACGCGAAUCUCUUACUAAAAGCCAGGCUCAAUCCUAAUUCAUCCCUUCAACCGAGUCUGGCGUCUCAUCAUUCACACUUAUCCUCAGCAGCAUUGGGUAGGUCAGCCUGCCACAGUCCUGGCGUAUAUCCGUCUACGGCGGGUUUUCUACCACCCUCCUAUCAUCCCCAUCAGCAUCAUCCCUCCCAGUAUCAUCCGCAUAGAGGUAGCUCGCCACACCAUCAGCACGGUAACCAUACCAUGGGAGCAGCGAUGGGACCCCCGCAUCAUCAUCACCAUCACCAAACGCAAAGUCUUCAACAUUUGCAUUAUCGUCAACCACCUACACUGUCCGAGAGCUAUAGCAGUUACGUAAACUCGAUGUAUGGCGGAGGAGGACAAUUUGCUACACCAUGUACACCGAGCCCGCCAAGAGGACCCGGUGGAGUACCGACUAGUGUAAUACAAGCAGCGACGAGUUCGGUAUCGGACGAUCUUUAUCUUCUGGAACUUGGUUUUCCGCCGCGUUCAAAGAAGAACAAGUUGAAGAAGCCACGUCAGGGGGAGGGAGCAACGGUUAAGAGGAAAUCGCGAGAAGGCUCGACGACAUAUCUCUGGGAAUUUCUGUUGAAAUUGUUGCAGGAUCGAGAAUAUUGUCCGCGAUAUAUAAAGUGGACGAAUCGCGAGAGAGGAGUAUUUAAAUUGGUCGAUAGCAAGGCGGUAUCAAGACUCUGGGGUUUGCACAAGAAUAAGCCCGACAUGAAUUACGAGACGAUGGGUCGCGCCUUGAGAUACUAUUAUCAACGUGGCAUUUUGGCUAAGGUCGACGGCCAGAGAUUGGUGUAUCAAUUCGUUGACGUACCGAAGGACAUAAUAGAGAUCGAUUGUACGGGCGCGUGAGAUAGGUCUCUUUGUUGUUCCCCGAGGGAGGAGCAUUAUGCGCGAGCACGAGAAAGAGCUGAAGGAGGAGGAAGAGGAAGAGGAAGAGGAGGAGGAGGAGGAGGAGAAGGAGGAGGUGGUUACCGCUACAUUGAAAACUUGAAUUUUCUUAAAAAAUCAUCGUCGUUGAGAGCGCCGACGAUUAUUUAUGCUGAGUCGUCUCAACGACGACCUGCCGCCGCACAUCCUACAAAUCGUGUAAGAGCUCGCCCUCUCUGACUCGAACAUACUGUUUCUAUUUCAUACCCGUUUACCGGGUUGAUGAAACUCGCGAUAAUUAUCGCAAUUGAUAAAUAAUUUUAAGGAACGAUUGGAGAAAAAAUAAUCCAUUUUUUCCAAAAUAAGCGAAGGAGUUUCUCUCUACUCGUGCUUCGUCUCCUCCUUUGUUAAAACAAUACAUACACAUUGUUCUUGGCUGUGUGCGUGCGUGCGUGCUUACUUGCGUCCACGUAUGUAUGAUGAGAUGUGUAUGCGUGUAUGUCUGAUGUCUGCUGUCUGUUGGUUGUUCUGGGUUACGAAGGUUAUAGAAUAUGUACAUAUAUAUAUAUAUAUAUACGUAUAUAUAUGUAUAUAUAUAUAUAUAUAUAUAUACGUAUAUAUAUGUAUAUAUAUAUAUAUAUAUAUAUAUAUAUAUAUAUAUAUUGUGUGCUAGAAUAGUCGAAGAGAAAGAAAGAAAAAAAGAGAGAUAGAAAGUAAGAAAGAAAAAAAAUCAAUCUAAUUAUUAACGUCCACGAAGAGAUCCUAAGUUCGCCGCUAUAUGCUAGAUCGUGUAUGUAUAUAUAUAUAUAUAUAUAUAUAUAUAUAUAUAUAUAUACACACACACUGACAAGCGUACAUAUGCGUUUAUGCGUGCUUCGGGCUCGUUUACAAAUUUGUACAAAAUUUAGUUCUUAUAUUUACGGGGCAGACAUUACUAAUUGUAUUUUAUCGAAAGAGAGCAAAGAAAAGAAAAGAAGAAGAAAGAAAGGAAGAAAAAAAAAGAAGAAGAAAGAAGAUAGAUCACUGUGGACGAAUUACUUAACCUAUAAAGUAUAGAGCGAGAGAGAAAGGAUAAAGAGGUAGGGAGAGAGACAGAGAGAAAGAAAAAGUUUAAGCGAAAAUUGUACAUUGGGGAUAUAAACGCGAUAAAUUAUUUAUUGUAUAUUAGAUGAUUAUGUAUGUUAUCUAGAAAAUUGUUAUAUGUGGCGUGACGAAGAAACGUUUAAUAAAAACCUGAAAAGUUUUAAUGCGAAACGAAAUGAGGGCUGUGACGAGACUUGGAAAGUAGAAAGAAAUAGAGAAAUAGAGAAGGAGGGAGAGUGAAAGAGUGAGAGAGAAAGAGAAAGAGAGAAAGAGAGUGAAAGGGACGCGAGAGAAAUAGAGAAGGGAGAGAGAGAGAGAAAGAGAGAGAGAGAGAAAAGAGGUGAAGAGGUAGCGGAAAAAAGAGUUUCCCUUGAGAAUAGAGAAUGUGUCAGUUUUAAAAGAAUUUUGCGGAACGAGCUCUGGGAGGAGAGAGAGAGAGAAAGAGAGAAAAGAGGAAAGGAGUAAAGGAGG